UAUGUCAAAUGUCAUCAAAAAGCUGAAAAAGGGCGUCGUUUUAAAAUAAAAUUUUGAAUUGUUUCUUUGGGAAGUUCUAGCGUGCUAAAAUUACAAAAAUGAUUCAAAAAGAAAAACGUUAUCAAUAUAUCAUGUUUGUGGCUUGUGAAAAUAUAAUCGUGUAGUGCAUUUAAAAAUUAUCUUCAAGUACAAUGAGGCCUGAUAGAUGAAAGAAAACUGAAAAUUUCAUAAACAAUGUUUGGUUGAGCGGAGUAGCAGCAAUCAAAAUCCAUAAUGGCGCACUACAGUACAUCAAAAGUUGCAAGCGGCGAUGCAGGAAUAUCUAGUCAUAGUUUAAGAUACUGUUUGUCACGAUUAACUAUGCUCAUGUUGGUUUUUGGUUUAGGACUACCGAGUGCAUAUGGGAUAGAGAAAAUAUAUCUAGACUCAACAGAUUUGAAUAUACUCGUUGAUGAGAAUCGACUCUUUCACAUGAUACAAAUCGGCGAAUCCAAAGUGGCUAUCAAAUUAACAACACAAGUGCAGCAUCCGGACAUCGUUCAGUUUCCAUCUCCGACAAUAGAUAUACCUGGUACGAUAAACCCAAAUGAUACUGCACAGAUAACACACGAUAUCUGGGCAUACGGCAAGAGCCCUGGACAUUCUGAAGUCACUUUUAAUGCAACCCCAGAUGGAGCUAUUGACCUCAGUACGGUGUUCAUGCGAAUCACAGUCAUGCAUUCCCAAGUCAUCUCAGUAAUCUCCUACAUCAUGGGCUGGAUCUACUUUGCAGCGUGGUCCGUCUCUUUCUAUCCUCAGAUUUACAUUAACUACAAACGCAAAAGUGUCGUCGGUCUCAACUUUGAUUUCUUAGCACUCAAUAUAAUGGGCUUCACUAUGUAUUCCUUGUUUAACUGCGGAUUGUACUUCUCGCCCGAAAUACAGAGUGAAUACUUGAACCGUCACCCGCGCAGCGUGAACCCGGUACAGCUUAACGACGUGUUCUUCUCACUGCAUGCAGCAUUCGCCACGCUGGUUACCAUCACACAGUGCUGCAUUUAUGAGCGCGAGUCGCAGCGGGUUUCGAUGACGGGUCGCUGCAUCUUGAGCGCGUUCCUGGUGGUGGUGCUGGUGGCUGUGGGUCUGGGGGCGGGCGGAGAGCUGGCCUGGCUCGACUUCCUCUACAUCUGCAGCUACAUCAAGCUAUGCAUCACCCUCAUUAAAUAUGUCCCACAGGCGUAUAUGAACUACAAGCGCAAGUCCACUGUCGGCUGGAGCAUCGGCAACAUCUUCCUGGACUUCGUGGGCGGGUUCCUCUCCAUCCUGCAGAUGACCCUCAACGCGUACAACUACAACGACUGGAUCUCGUUCUUCGGAGACGCCACCAAGUUCGGUCUCGGCCUCUUCAGCCUGGUCUUCGAUAUAUUCUUCAUUCUGCAGCAUUACGUCUUCUACAGAGAGGGCCGGGAAUUUAUCAUUGUUGACAGUAGUGAUGAAGGUUCAAAUAUGACAUCCAGUGGUGAAGGAAGGGAAUACUUUAUGGUCAAUUUUUGGAAUGGCGAUGAAAAGAAAUACGAUCUGGAUGUGAAAGCGUGAUGAAGACUGAAGUUUAGCUGUCAGUGUCACAAUCCUGAGGAUCUGUGUUGUCUACACUUGUCAUUGUGACGUUUAAAAAAGCGGGAAUUUUAAAAAAACAAGCACAAAUAGAUGGUUGUAAAGAUUUAACACUGCCGCUGUUGUAUUUAAAGUUUAUAAAAUUUAAUUAACAAGCAUUCCAAGAUAAGAAUCAUAGAAUCUACAAAUGCAACUUUUUAAACUUUUUUUUUUACAAUAUUAUAUUUUUUAAAUGUUAUGUGACCUUUACAGUAGGUUAUUUGACAGUAUCACAUUUG